GAGACUUGGUGUUGAUGUCUAGAUACACUGAAGACAGACCGCGGAGGUUGCACUUCAGAAGUGGCUGUUGGUUAUGUGCUUGAUAUUAUUGCCGAGGUAUCUUUUUGUAUUUUUCUGCCGGGGAUGGGCCAGAUUAGGAAGGGCGGUACGAGGGUGGGACUUGGCAUUGGUGUUUUGGAACAUCAAAGAUGGACAGGGUUUUCGCGGAGGUCGCUCCUCAGAUAUCUCCACAACUACAGAUCGGGGAUCUUCCAAAAUCAAGAAGAUUGGUGCAUAUGGCUAGGUCUCUUCACCUUACAAUUUGUAUGGCAAUUUGGCCCGGGGUUGUGGUGUGGUAGGGGAGAAUGGGGGAUAAUCCCACGCAGGAGUUCCGAACGACGUCUGGUUCACGUUUGGCUGGAUAACUCCACCACCACACGGGGUAUGCGGUCGGCGAUGGGGUCAAAAUGCUCGUAUGAUCGAGGGCUUUUCGAUGGAUCUAUCGGCGGGUUCUUAUUCGAAAAAUCGAGCGAGUUCGUGGUGGAGCGGUUUGAGUAUGACUUAAAUGCUCUAAUUGAGAUUCUUAGUGAAGAUUACAUCAUUCUAACUUAUCAGAAUUCACAGUAUAAAAGUCAUAUCUCAGCUUCUGCAGAUAUCUUAUCUGCUCAGAUAAUUCUCAAGUGA